UUUCGUAUAUCGACAUAGAUAUUCUUUUAUGAAUGCUUGUAUUGAUGAGACCUGAAUCAGGAAGAAACGAUACAACGAUUAUAGAACUUCGUAUUAUUAGAUAAAAUUUGUUGGUUAAAUGUUCUAUCGUAUUCAUAUAUGCAUUCUAUUACUGUUCGUUCUAAUACAAGGUAUAAAAUGUUAUAUCAGGUGUCAAAAUCCUGUACCUUAUUCUGGGAAUAUAUGGCUUAGUGUAACGUGUUCUAGGAAUGCUGUUGGCCUCUUACGAAGAUUGUGUUCUUCUCUUAGAAGCCGUUCCACUACAGAAUGGAAAAAAGGACAACACGUGUUAUCUGAAUGUUUUAAGAUUCCAAUAUGGACUGCAAUUGCUACAUUUCUUCGAGAAGAUGGCCUCUAUAAAGGUCACGCUGCUAUUUUCGAAUCUUGCGCUAAUGAUGGAAUAUGGGUCUAUGAUCAAACUCCAUCAUCUAGAAUGAUGAGAAGAAAAUUAAAACGUAUUCAGUUAUCAAGUCCACACUACAAUGCCGAUAACUUUUAUACUAUUAAAUAGAGAAUAUUUUAAAGUAUAAAUGUUAAUAUAAAUAUUAAAAUAUAUCAAAAUUAAA